AUGGCGGCGGCGGCGGCGGAGGAGGAGGAGGCGGCUUCGCCUUCGGCGACAGCGCACGGUGACUGCGUCCUGCCCACGGCAUGCAAGGUGUUCGACAGUGAGCCUGUCGAGCUGUCCGCGAAGGUGCUGCUCCUGCAGUUGCGCCCAGCGGAGGCCACCGCGGGGCUUCAUGGCGGCUACUGGUGCACGGUGAUCGCAUCAGGCAUAGACGGGUCCGCGGCGGUGGAGGUCCUCGCCCAGGUCGAGGCCGCCUGCGCAGAGCACGGCGUGCACCUCGCCAGCGAGAGCGUGUCGCUCGUCGUGGAGUGCGACUGCGACGACUCCCCCUGGCACGUCGCUCGCCGACGAGCGCAUACGACCGUGCCACUUCAUAUACCAGCGGAUGGGCGCGGAUCGUUCUUCUCGCCGGACCACUGGCCGUUGUUCGUGCAGCUGGUGCGCGCCAUGGAGCGUCCCGCGGAGGCGCACGAGGACGACCUCCCCGCCGCCGGCCGGCUCGCCGUGCCGUCCGGCAGCCGCACAGCAGAAGACGCCACCGCGAAGCACGUGUAA